AAACUGACGAUGAACUCAGUCCGCAAACGCAAGUCGAGCAGUCGGAAGGCGGGCUCUUCCCGGUCCAAGGUUGCCAAGAAUGAAGGUCCCGAAUGCAGACCACCAGCGACCCAGGAUUUACAGCCACUCAGCCCGGACCACAAAACUGUCUCCAGUCUGUCAAACGAAGAACUGUCGUCGUCAUGGAGACGCUCGUCGAGGUUUAAAGGCCAAAGUCAGGCACUCUCCCCCGAUCCUGUGACUGAAGGCCAUGCACAGAGCACAGAAUGUCCUCCAUCAGCAGAGGAAACCGAUGAGAGCCUGAUCAUCCCUGACGACGAGGGACAUGGUGGAGGACGACAGACCGGGAGGAGGAAAGGAGGGGUGAAGAGGAAAAAAGAGGAGGCCGGGUCCCAGCAGAAUGAGGACGAAGAGGAGGAGGUGGAGAUUGACAGGGAUUUGGACAGAGAGCUGGAGAACAAGUCGCGACAGCACAACCUGACGUCCGCCAACGUGCGCAGCAUCAUACAUGAAGUCCUUACCAACGAGCAUGUCGUGGCCAUGAUGAAAGCAGCCAUCAAUGAGACAGAACCUGUUCCUGUGUUUGAGCCCAAAAUGACACGCUCCAAACUAAAGGAGGUGGUGGAAAAAGGAGUGGUCAUACCCGCAUGGAACAUUUCACCUAUCAAGAAGCCCAAAGAAGUUAAGGGCCCACAGUUUGUAGACAUCCCAUUGGAAGAAGAAGACUCAUCCGAUGAAGAAUAUUGUCCUGAUGAAGAGGAAGAGGAUGAGACAGCAGAAGAGACGUUGCUGGAGAGUGAUUUGGAGAGCACUGCAUCAUCACCACGUGGCAGUCGGGCAAACUUGCACAGAGCACACUCUGAGUGGGAAGACGACAGGAGCUGCAGCCCCGCGCAGGGUUCACGCAGGUCAAGGCACCUCACGGUAGAUGUGGUCCCCAUGGGUCCCCCGCCACCGCCCAAGUCUGUGGCUCCUCCAGGGCCUUCCAGAGGCCCGUCUGAAUGUAGCUUCAUGGAGAAACUUCAUGCUGUGGAUGAGGAGCUAGCCACUGGCUCAGAGUGUUUGGAGUCUUACCAGAGUCUGAGUGGCGGUGGAGGAGAGGACAGCCUGAUGGCUUUCCGCACACGCUCCAAGCGACCACUGAGGAACGUCCCGUUAGGUCGUCUAGAGGCGGAGCUUCGUGCCCCUGAUAUCACCCCUGACAUGUAUGAGUAUGGCUCCGCCCCCGAGGACAGAGAGUGGACUCAGUGGUUACAGGGCCUCAUGAGCUCUGACAAUGAGAACGAAGAGGAGGCGGAUGAUGAGGAUGAUCCAGAGUAUAACUUUCUGGCAGAUAUUGACGAGCCCGAUGUUGAAGACUACAGAAACGACAGGGCCGUACGCAUCACCAAGAAGGAAGUGAAUGAGCUGAUGGAGGAGUUGUUCGAUACGUUUCAGGAUGAAAUGGGAGUUCAGGACCAGGAUGAGGAAGGACAUGAGGAAGAGGAGGAGAAGGAAGAGGAUUUGCCUCAACAGGAAACACCCAAUUUCAGCAUUCUGCAAACUAUUCCGUAUGAAGAUCCUCUCGCUGACAUCCUGACGGAGCGUUACCGCACGGUGAAGGAGCAGCUCGCGGCUCUGCGCCGGCGCAGGGCCCUUCUGGAGAGUCAGGGCGUACCCUGGCCCCCACCCCGACCUGUCAGCCCCCCCUGUCCAAUGAUCCUCACACAGACUCAGAAACUACAGCUCCAGCAACAGAUACAGCAGCAUGUCCAGCUCCUCACUCAGGCCAAUAUGCUGUGCAGUCCAGUGGAGGCUCUGCAGGCUGAAGCAUCAACAACGAAACAGUUCCUGAUUGAGUUACAGAUGUUUGCACAGCGUGGAGAGGAGACUCAUGGUCUGACUGACCCAGGCUUUGUCAGCAUUUUUAGAUCCUGUAACCUGCAGGGAGCUGUCUCUCUACUGGAAGAACUAGAAAACACUCCUUUACCUGAAAAUUUUGUGUUUUCUGCAGUUACGCGGCACCCUUCCAUGCCCCCUCAUCUGGCCUGGCUCAUGGCCACUAGACCAGUGUUCCUUUACCCAGAGCUGCUGCCUGAAGUGAGCCUGGACCCGGCCCUGCACCCUCCACGCCUCCACAAAUUCUACACUCCAGCAGAAGACUGUCUAGUGAUCCUGGGACAUAAGCACUUUAAAGAUACUCCAAAUCCAUUUAAGCUGAUGGCCCAUUACCUGCUUGGUGCCAGAGAGAACACACAGCUUCGUCUGCAUAUCCGGGAGGUCUGCCUUGGCCAGAGCUCCAAUAUCAUUAAGAGUUACUUCCUGGAGAAUAAAUUUCCUACGAUGUCCCCUGCCUGUGAGUGGGUCAGCCCAACUGACCAGCGCCCCCCAGUGGAGAGAAAUGAGCACCUCAUGCCUUUCUGGCUGGUGAGAAGCCUUGAGAUCAUAUAUGAGGAAGUGAAAAAAUAUAACCAGUCAGGUAGUGACACUGAGUUUCAAACAACCAAUGCCGAUGGAUGCUCCUCUCCAGGAGAAGAAAACACACCCACGCCCACAGCUGGUCGUUUGAAAGGAGCUCCAAAAAAAACAAUCUACAGCUUCCCUCAAGGAACCUGCUACCCGCCCACCUGCCCUAAGGACUUGGUUCUAACGUUCUCUGGUUUCAGACACCUCCAUGAUUCAUCUUCAAAUCCGGUCUCAUGUACGCAAGACCCGUCCAACCCAACGUCGCCCAAGGGGUUAACCCCACACGCACUCACCCUCUCUAAACCCGGUUCUGUCAAAUGUGUCAAGUAUGCCAAACGUAAACCCUCCGGGCAAGCCCCAUUCUCCAACCUUCCUCCACCCACACCCCCUAGUCCUGCGCUGGCCAAUCCCAACAUCUCUGCUGUUCCUACAUCAUCCAGCCCCUCCCAAGCCAUGCCCUCCAACAUUACCACUUCAAAUCUCUUCACAUCUGCAUCUUCAAACGUUGCCUUCACGGAAUCUUCAGUUCCUGACCAGCCCCCCCCUUCCAGCAUUGCUCCGCUCAAUUCCUCAAACUCUGCCCCAUCCGAACAUAUCACUCUUCUCAUCACCAAUCCAUCUAAACCUGUUUCUACUAACUCAGCCUUAGUUCAGCCCUCCAAUCUACUCAUACUCGAGCCCUGUGUGCUUACGCCUUUGAACGCCUCAAAAUGCAUACCCAUCAAAGCUUCUACACAACCUACAACCAACUCUCUCCGCUUAACCCUGCCCAAGCCCUCCAGUAACCCAUCACACAGUGGCACUGCCUCUGCGGAGCAGACUAAGGCAAGUCGGAAAGUGGUUAGUAUUCAACCGAAAGCUGUGGAGAGUUUGCAGGCAUCUCAUACCCCUAGCAUGCAAACCUCAUCAGGGGUGAAUUUUUCUUCCUUAGGAACUGUUACAGGAACUGGAGAAACAGGAAUAGCUGUGUCAAGUUUAGCAACGGAAGCUCAAGCAUGCACAAACCCAGGCAAUGUUGUCAUUAACAUACCCUCCCCACUCUCUACCACUAUCAUAUAUCCUACCCCUGCUCCCAAGGUAAUGGCCCACACUUCCUCAAGAUCGGCACGGUUGGUUAAGGACCAGAUGAGUCAGCGCUGUGGCACCUUGCUCAAACUUAGUAAGCUACCGACACUUCUGCCAGGACCAAAGCCCGCCCCCGUCCAACCUUCAACCGCAAAACUCCUGCCCAUGUCUCAAACCGCGACGCCCCAGUUUCUCCUGCUCCCCCCAGGCUGCCUGGUAGCAGGCAACUGUGUGAAGAGGUCAAAUGCUGUUCUGAAGCCGAAGCCUGUACAAGGGCAUAUUCAGGAACCACGGAUGGCGCAAGACACCAUGAAAGGCAGGAAGGACGGUGUUCAGGUCAUUUCGGGGAGGAUCCAGAACGUUCCGGAGAACGUGGAAGCGCCCCAGGGGGUCUCCUCGGAGCGACCCUCCUGCGAAGGGGAACCAGACUGUGUAAAAGUUGCAGUGGAGGAAGGGGAAAGAGCAGCUGAGCCUGAGGAGGAGAACAAAGAGGAAAAUGAGGAAGACAACGAAUGCGGGGCGGAAGAAUUUGGCGAACCCUUCCUCACGUUGUCGGAGUCAUCCGGUAGCCCUACACCCAGUUUGGCAAGGGACGAGGGUGCUGAGGAAAUGACUGACAAGAAGAGACGAGAGAAGGAAAAUGGAGCAGGAAUAUCGCAGGUAUCCGCACCCAAACCUCACAACUCGGGUUCCGAAGAGGGCGAAAAUGGAAAAGCUGAGGCUGGACGUGAUAAAAUGGCAAAAAGUGAUGUGGAAGUGAUGUCACCUGCCUCUGAAGCAUCUGUAUUGUCUGUACCAGAGCUUCAGGAGACCAUGGAGAAACUAACAUGGCUAGCAUCAGAGGGGAGGUCUGAGGACAGAGAGAGUUCAGAUGAAGACCAAACAUCUAUACCUCAGUCCGUUCCUCACUGUGAUAAGGAUUUCCCUGACAGCGACCCUCUGAGAGACUGCAAAGAUGUUGCCUUUGCCCAGGCUUACCUGGAAAAGGUAUGUGAGACACUGCGAGUGGUUCCGGGGAAGGCAGAGGAGUUUCUUAAGGUGCUGUAUGAGUUUGAGAGGGACCUAGAAGGCCGAACGUCUGUGGAACUUUUCAAUCGACUCAAACCUGUAUUGAGGGAUUGGCCUGAGCUGCUGAGGGACUUUGCUGCUUUCCUACAACCCGAACAAGCCCAAGAGUGUGGCCUGCUGGAGGAGCAGCGAGCAUUUGAAAGGAGUCGGCGGUUUCUGCGGCAACUGGAGCUCAGUUUUGGGGAAAACUCUGCUUGUUACCUUAAAGUAGUGCGUGCCCUGCAGGAUGGCCCAUCCUUCAGUCAUGCUGGUUCAAAAGAGAUGAAAACUCAAAUAGAAUUACUGUUCAGAGGUCACUCCCACUUGCUUGAGGAAUUCUGGGUGUUUUUUAAGCAGCUCCACCCUUCUGUACAGUGUUUGUCUGAUGAAGAUGAUGAAGAGGAUGAGACUGACAGUGUGUGUAGUACCCAAACAAUUCAAAGUGUGGAGGAAAGCCUCUACUGUCAGCCAAUCAGAGCCUCCCUUUCCCUGGAUAAGAUGGAGCGCCACACGGCUCGAGCCAAUUGCAUGAGGGAGAGCGAUGAUAAAGUACGGGAGACAGAUACAGCAAAUCAAAGUGUGGGCAGAGAUACGUUAAUCACAGGAAAUGAGGAUGAAGAGGUUAACAGUGAUGAAGAGGAAGAGGAAAGCCUUUCAUUAGACCCUCCUGUUUGUGCCAAAAACAUCUCACUCAUGCCAAGUGGAGAGAGAAUAGUUCUCUGGACAAGGGAAGCAGACCGCGUGAUACUGACUGCCUGUCAACAGAGAGGAGCCAAUCAGAGCACUUUCCAUGCUAUCUCCACCCAGCUUGGCAACAAGACACCCAAUGAGGUUUGUGCACGCUUUCAAGACCUCAUGAGAUUGUUUCAGAAAUCCACCAAACAGCUCUGUACUGAGGACCUAGACAGCGACACAGAAGAACCAUUCAGUGCAGACGAAGAGAAGCCUGAUUGA